UCCUUGGAGCAGGAAGAAACUUUGUCUCUCAAAGCGCUGCUGGAAAAAUGCAUCCCGAUCCAGACUGACUGUGAUCCAGAACCAGUCGGAGACUCAAAGUCCAGAAGAUGGAAGAUCUGGAUCUAAAGAAGGACAGAGCAGAACCUUCAGGAUCCAUCAGUCCAUCUAUGAGGAGUGACUGGUCCAAACCUGAACCUCCAGGCUUCAGUAAUGAACCUGGACCCUCCGACAGAAAAGGGCAGAACCUCAGAGGGAGAGCAGAACCUCCAGGAUCCAGCUGUCCCUCCAUAAGGAGUGACCGGUCCCAAGAUCCUCCUCCAGACUUCAGUACUGAACCUGGACCAUCAGAACCAGAGAGGAGGGAGAGGAGCACUGUUGGUGAGGAGGAGCAGCUGUCCUGCUGUGGUUUGUGUCAGAAGGUUCUGAUGGAUCCGUUCUCCACCAGUUGUGGACACUGGUUCUGCAGAGAGUGCAUCAGGGCAUACGGGGACCAGUCUUCUGGACCCUUGUCCUGCCCCCAGUGUGGAGAAAGACCUAGAGCAGGAACUGGACUGCUGACAGUCAAUCAGAGCAGCUGUGCUCCAGAUGUUCUGCAGGAGGUUCUAGAUGAACAUAAAAUCAGUCUGAGGACAAGAUGUGAAAGUGUGACGGAAGGAAUUGAUGCAACAGGAAGUAGAACCCUCCUCAACAGGAUCUACACUGAUCUCUUCAUCACAGAGGGACAGAGUGAAGAUGUUAACACCCAGCAUGAGGUGAAACAGCUCGAGAGAGUUUCCAAGAUCCAGCAGCUCCAUGGGUCUGCAAUCAGGUGCCACGACAUCUUUAAAGUCUUCCCUGACCAACAUGGAGUCAUCAGAGUGGUUCUGACCAACGGCAUUGCUGGUGUUGGAAAAACCUUCUCAGUGCAGAAGUUCACCCUGGACUGGGCUGAGGGCUUGGAGAACCAAGAUGUCAGUGUGGUGGUUCUGCUUUCCUUCAGGGAGCUGAACUUGAUCAGAGCUGAGCAGCACAGUCUUCUCUCGCUGCUCCACGUUUUCCAUCCAACACUCCAGAAGCUCCCAGCAGAGCAGCUGGUUAAAUGCAAACUUCUCUUCAUCUUUGAUGGCUUGGAUGAAAGCAGAAUGUCACUGGACUUCAACAGCAGUCAGCUGGUUGCUGACGUCACACAGAAGUCAUCAGUCAACGUUCUGCUGACAAACCUCAUCCAGGGGAACCUGCUUCCCUUGGCUCUCAUCUGGAUAACUACCAGACCUACAGCGGCCAAUCAGAUCCCUCCUUCAUCGGUUUCCAGGGUAACAGAAGUACGAGGCUUCACUGACGCCCAGAAGGAGGAGUACUUCAGGAGGAGGUUCAGUGAUGAAGAGCUGUCCAGCAGAGUCAUCUCCCACAUCAAGACCUGCAGGAGCCUCCACAUCAUGUGUGGAAUCCCAGUCUUCUGCUGGAUCACUGCUACAGUUCUGGAGAGAAUGUUGACCUCAGAGCAGAGAGGAGAGCUACCCAAGACCAUGACUGACAUGUACUCACACUUCCUGUUGGUCCAGACAAAGAGGAAGAACAAGAAGUACCAUGGAGGACAUGAGACAAGUCCACAGGAGCUGAUGGAGGCUGACAGGGAAGUUUUUCUGAAGCUCGGGAGGCUGGCGUUUGAACAUCUGGAGAAAGGAAACAUCAUGUUCUACCAAGAAGAUCUGGAGCAGUGUGGUCUKGAUGUCACAGAGGCCUCAGUGUACUCAGGAGUUUGUACAGAGAUCUCAGAGAUCUUCAAAAGAGAGAGUAUGAUCUUCCAGAAAUCAAUCUACUCCUUUGUUCAUCUGAGCAUCCAGGAGUUUCUAGCUGCAGUCUACAUGCUCCACUGUUUCGCCAGCAGGAAGUCAGAGGUGAUCAAGACAUUCCUGGGGGAACAUGACACUCUCAGGUACACAUGGAUGUUCAAUUGGUUCCUGGGAAAACAAUACAUAGAAACAUCUUUAGGUGAGUUCAUGGAGAAAGUCAUGGAGAAAUCCCUCAGCAGUAAAAAUGGCCACCUGGACCUGUUUGUCCGCUUCCUUCAUGGUCUCACUGUGGAGUCCAACCAGAGACUCUUAGAGCAUCUGCUGGGUCAGACAGAGAACAGUCCAGAAACUAUCCAGGCAAUCAUCACCAACCUGAAGAAGAUGAAUACUGAUAGAAUCUCUGCUGACAGAAGCAUCAACAUCUUCUACUGUCUGAUGGAGAUGAACGACCUCUCAUUUUAUCAGGAGAUACAACGGCUGCUGGAUUCAGGGAAGCAGCUCUCAGUGACUAACUGUUCAGCUCUGGCCUACAUGCUGCAGAUGUCAGAGGUUCUGGAUGAGUUGGACCUGGAGAAGUACAACACAUCACAGUAUGGACGUCAGAGACUGAUUCCAGCUGUGAGGAACUGCAGAAAGGCUCGACUUGGUGGCUGUGAACUCCAAAAGGGUGAAUGUGAAAUUGUGGCUUCAGCUCUGAAGUCCAACCCAGAUCUGACUGAAGUGGAAAUAAGUCGGAUCUACAUAGAUGAAUGUGGAGUCUCUGAGAUGAAGAAUCUGCUUGAGAUCCUGGAGAGUUCAGUCAGUAAAGUGAAGAAACUGAGAUUGGACUGCAGUUUGUCAGAGGCCAGCUGGACUUCUCUGUCCUCUGCUCUGAAGUCCAACCCGACCCAUCUGACAAGACUGGACCUGGCCUACACCAACCUGGGAGAUUCUGGAGUGAAGGAGCUCUGUGGUUUUCUACAGACUGAAGGCUGCAGACUGGAGACACUGGGGUUGUUCAGCUGCAGUUUGUCAAAGAUCAGCUGUGAUUAUCUGGCCUCAGCUCUGAAGUCCAACAGCCUCCAUCUGACAGAACUGGAGCUGAGACGCAACGACCUGAAGGAGUCAGAUGUUCAGCAGCUGAAGGAUCUUGUAGAGACUGUAAAGUAAGUAAAUGUUUGUAGUGAUCUCAGAUCUGCUUGUUCUCUCAAUUCAACAGGAAACAACUGAUCAGGUUAAUCUUGGUCACAGCUCUGAGAUCAGUCUGACUGCAGCCUGGAAACCAUCUACUGGAUGUGCUGCGUCACUGACUGCUGCUGGAGAGGCUGGAAACACUCACUGAUCUGAUCUCUCCAUCCUUCUUCUCUCUG